UCAUGUGGACACUCGCAGCCCUUAUGCUCCUGGUUCCAAGCAGUGGGCAAGCUGCUACUCUGGAGAAGCCCAUAUUGUCUCUACACCCACCUUGGACCACAAUCUUCAAGGGGGAGCGUGUAACCUUGCGAUGUGAUGGAUACCACCCUCUGCUCCUGGAGCUCCGGCCCAUCAACACUCUCUGGUAUUUGGGCCACCUCCUCCUGCCCUCCCACAAGAAGAGCAUCGAGGUACAGACCCCAGGGGUGUAUCGAUGCCAGACACGGGGAGCACCUGUCAGUGACCCCAUCCAGCUCUCUGUAUCUAAUGACUGGCUGAUCCUGCAGGUGCCCUAUGCUGCGGUGUUCGAGGGCGAACCGCUGAUCAUGCGUUGCCGUGGCUGGUACGACAAAGUCGUCUACAAGCUUCACUACUACCAUAACGGCCAGGCUGUGCGUUACUUCCACUCCAGCACCAACUACACCGUGUUGCAGGCACGUGCCAGCGACAGUGGCCGCUACCAGUGCUCCGGCACCAUGCGCAUUCCGGUGGAGAGCGCGCCCAUGUUCUCCGCUAAGGUGGCUGUGACCGUGCAAGAGCUGUUCGUGACCCCGGUGCUGAGAGUGAUGGGUUCGCAGGAGGCCCGCGCCGCGCCCCACGGCCGGGUGGUCCUGCGCUGUGAGACCCGCCUGCACCCUCAGAAGCGCGGCACGCCGCUGCAGUUCGCCUUCUACAAGUACAGUCGCCCGGUCCGCCGCUUCGACUGGGGCGCGGAGUACACGGUCCCGGAGCCCGAGGUCGAGGAACUUGAAUCGUACUGGUGCGAGGCGGCCACCGCCACCCGCAGUGUCCGGAAACGCAGCCCGUGGCUGCAGCUCCCGGGGCCGGGCUCUCCCCUGGAUCUGACGUCCUCUACUGCCCGGCAGCACAGGCCUGCAGUUUUGGCGCCGGGUAACAAGCCGCUUUCCUUCAGAAAGCCUCCAGUGUCCAGAUCGGUCCCGUCGGUCACCUCUGUUCCGAACACCACCUCACCGGGGCCGCAAUUCCGGGCCGGCAGAGCUCCCACCGCUGGGUCACCAGGCUGCGCUCCGCCGACGCCCUUGGAGCAAUCGGCAGGAGCUCUGAAACCCAACGUGGACCUUCUGCUCCGAGAAAUGCAGCUGCUCAAACGCCUUCUGAGCCGGGUGGUCGUGGAAUUAAAGGAGCCCCAGGGUCUCCCGGAGCUCAUGGAGACACCUGAGACCCCCAUUAUCCACUUUUCCGAGAACCCAGGAAUCCCAGAGACCACUCCUGUGGCGAGCUGAGG